GACUCUCUCUCUCGAUGGAGAACCAUAGAACCGUACAUUAAUCUCUAAUCAACGCCAGAGUGUCGUCAGUGUCUUCCGUGUGUGUUGUCUCAAUUCUAGUGCGUGAUUGUUCUAUGUUUUACCGUGAAAUUUGUUUGAUUUUACGUCUUAUAGCAUAAGUGCCAUCCGUGACAAUGUCAGGUGGAAAAGCAUGACAAAAAAAAGAAGUUGUUAUUCCUACCAAAGAACAUUUGAAUUAUCUCUAGCAGAAAUCUUCAAAUGUAUCCUGAGAGAUGACCACUCAAUGUUGCAGCACCUCCUGACGAAUUCCCACAUCUGGGUCGAUAUUAUGGACGAAAAUGGGAAUACGCCAUUGAUGAUGGCUUGCAGAAUGGGAUUUGUGAAAUGCGUUCGGAGACUCAUCUCAAAUGGAGCUGAUGUUCUCCAUGUCAAUCGCAUCGGAAUCAAUGCAUUGACACUAGCUUCGCUCUCUGGAUCUAUCGAAAUUAUGGAUAUCCUGCUAAAAGUGUCACCCAUUGAACAGUUCAUCCAGAGGACCAUCAUAUCACCCCUGAGUGCCGCGAUAUUUGCCGGACAUUUAGAGGCCGUUCAAUACCUUCUUCAACUGCAUAAACCUCUCUAUGAUACCAUCACGAGAGAAGGGAAUUCUCCUUUAAUGCUGUCGAUCAUGUUUGAGCGCCCGGAGAUAGCCAGGCUGUUCUGGAACGAACCAGCACAUUUCAAAAAUGACCUCGGAAUGACUGCUCUUGAUAUUCUUGAAUAUAGAGCAAAGUUUAUGGAACACUAAGAUUUUCUAAAAGCUUCUAAUCCCUAAGAAGGAAGUAGUCGUAUCCUGGAUAACGCGUCAAUGUAAGAUGGAAGUCUCCUAUUUAAUGCACUUUUCUCAUUAAUCUCCAGGAUGAUGUCCCACAAUAUCAUGUCAAUUUUCAUAGACUUCGAAAGUGAAGUUAAUUGAAUGGAAUGAGGAAAGAUUGCAGAGAGAUACUUACACCAAGUGGUAAAUCGUGUGGAUCGCAUGUCUCCAAGCUUCGGCGAAAUUGAAUCUGAGUGUGGGUGGCAUUCUGAGAGCCCUCCUCGACCACAUAGUUCUGAGUGUCAUCCUGAAUUGGAGCGCUAUUUCCAUUGGAUGGUCCGUGACAAUCCUGCAAAGUGAACCACAAACAAUCACUAAGAUUUACUCACAGAUUAAGAUCAAAUUAAUCAAUUUGCACUUUAUUUGAUUCUAUCCUCAAAUCACAUUUCCCUGUAAAUCUCCUGCAUAAUCUCAAAUUGACAAAGUUACGAAAUUUGUAUAUAUUUCAGGGUUAUUUAGUAAGCUCUUGAACUAAUUUAUAAGCGACUUUUAUGUUACUGGAUUAAAUUGUGAAUAAAGUUUUCUGAAAUAAAAAAUAAA